GCUCUCUCCAGUCGGUUCCACACAUGCGCUGCCGUUUUUCUCCUCAAUGCUCAGUCUCUGCAAACAUCUCAAUUUGCACUACUGGAUGUUUAGAGUAACAAUGUGCCCAAUGCUAACUUUGACAGCGUGAGGAUCUGGUCGUCUCAGUUCUGUCUGAAAAGCAACAGGAAGUUAGGCAGCAGCAGCAUAUCUCAUGGCUGUGGAGAGCAUCCCUGGAUAUAGUUCUAGAUUAUAAACAACAGUCAGGAGAGCAUCACUUUUGCACCACAACGUUUCCAGCAAAUCCUUUUUGGAGCGGAGCACAAACUGGAGCGUAUCUCAGAGCACAAUCUGCAAAUAACCAUAAGGCAAAAGGGAAGAAACUUUGUCCCAUGGAAAAGUUGGACAGUAAUAUCUUUUGGUGUUUCUAAUGGCAGGCAAGCGGUCCCCUAGCAUCCAGGAACAUGUAAUUUCCACCAAAUUAUCUCGCACAGAUGUUGACCAGCGGAUCUGUCCUGAUGAUUUACUUGCUUACAAAUCCUUUCUAAAAUCCCUUCCUGACUCUGAAGUAUCAAAAAGUGUCAGACCUUGGAGCUCUACCACUGCUUACUUGCAGUAUGCAGGCAGUGCUCUGACUCAGCAGUUAAGGACUGAUGGAGCACCAGAGAGGUGCCAUACAUUAGAAUCUGAAAGGAUGAAGAACCAACCGCAACUUUUAGAGACAUUAGAGACACAUUUUCAAGUCCAACAGCGGCGCCUCUUGGGUUACCCUGUGUCAUCAUCUUUUGCUUGUCCUCCAGUGGCUAUGCCACGGCCUUUAUACAGGAGCCCCAAUGGCUAUGUGGAUUCAGGAAAUGGCAAACACAGUUUCCCACCUUUGAGUCCCCAUACGGAAUCACAGCAGUUCCCUUUUUCUUGUGUAGAUUGGAGCCCCUCCUCUCAAUUUGCAUAUCCAUGUUCCCCUGUGUAUGCAUCAAGUGUGCAUAGAAAGUCUUAUCCAUCUCAAAUGUGUGCUGCAGAACCAGGCAAGAGUACACUACCUCUUUCACAUGGCUUACCAGAGGCAAGUCCAGUUAAUCAACACAGGGAAUAUGAAAAUGAGGCACUGGUUUCACCCCAUCCCCAGCAGGAAACCUAUACAGCACACAGUCACUUGAUUAUGCCUCAUAAUGUACAGACAUUACUUUAUGCUCCAGGUGAAGCUAAUUUAAGCAGACGGAGGAGCUCAGCUUUCACACCUCCAUCUCAUUUAUGCCACUCCUUUAAAUCAAAUGCCUUUCAAAAUCAUUACAGUUGUAAGGAAGACAGUUACUCCCAUAGACCUACUUCUUUCUGCUUUAAUACAAAUAUAGACAUGCAGAUGAAUCCUGAUGCAGCUCACAUGACUAGAGAGAUGAUUUUAGAUUCAUCGUGUUUACAGGUGGGCUCUGGACAGAUAGAAAAUCAGCUGGUAGAAAAUGAGAGAAAGAUCAGUACAGAUCAGUCUGUCAGGAAUCUGCCACUGAGCUCUAUGGACAAAAUUCAGAUGGGUAAAGAUAUAUGGAAAUGCACAUCCCAAGAGGACAGGAAGCUUCACACAGAAUCAUUCCAGGAGGACUACCUUCGUUCUCAAAGAAAUAAUCCCCAAAGAUCCCCAAUGUCAUCUCUCUCACCCAGUCAGAAUUCAUACAGAUCGCCUUCUGUUCCCAGUAAUGAUCAAUUACAUCAUCCUACAAAGCCAAUUGUUUCCUGGCCUGCAAAAGAGAGCACUGUAGCCUCCCAUGCCUCUGGAAUGCACAAAAUAUUUUAUCCUACAGUUUCAAACAAUAAAAUAGACUCAUACUCACCCAGUAAAUGUGAACAGACAUCCAGCCUGAUUACAGAACUUAUCCCUGUAUCACUUACUCCUGGCAUUUCCCCAAGGGCCUAUGAUCAAAAUAAUAUACAAGAUAAUAUUCCAAAGUCCAAACAUUCAGGUCCUACACCAAUGAGUCCCAAAAAUGAACUCCAGUCUGGACCUGUAGCUGAGAAAGACAUAGGUCGCCCCUCCUCACCUCCUAUGCCAGUAAUCAAUGAUGUCUUUAGUUUGGCUCCAUACCGUGCUUAUUUGGAGGGUGCAGCUCCUCAUCCUUUCACUAAAGAACUGGAACUUAUAUCUAGCAGCAACAUAUCCACUAGCAAUCAACCAAAUCCAGAACAAGCUCAAAAUUUACAGGAGAGGCCAAAAGAUUCUCCUAGACAGAGUAAUACCCUACAUAAAACUAAGAAUGAGUCUUCAUAUAACCUGAACUCUACAGUUACUGUACAUUGUGAAGAAGGUGCUUCUUCCUCACAUAAAGGUGGUGACGAGUUGGUGCUGGAUCUCAGUUUGAAAAAGUUACCUACAUCCAAUGGCUACUCACAGGAAAUUUCUGAAGCAAACACUAAAUGCUCCACAUCACAUCCCACCACAAGUGUGCCAUGUGUAUCCACAAUGAGUUUACCAGCACAGAUAACUGCAAGCAUACUUUCUAAGACCAGGUCAUGUUUGCCCUCUCAAACUGUUGUAAACUCGACCUGUCACACCUCUGUUAGCUUGACCCCUCAGGAUUCUGUGAUCUCGACUUCUCAAGCUGCUUUGAGCUCAACCUCUCAAGCCUCAGUGCACUCUCCUUCUAAAGUUUCUGUAAGCUCGCCCACUCAAACUGCUGUGAGCAUGCCGUCUCAAACAACUGUAACCUACCCUUGUCCGACAACUGUAAGCUUGCCGUCUGAGAGUUUUGUGAAAAUGCCUUCUCAAAACUCUUCUAGCUGGCCCUCACAGACAACUGCCAGCUGGCCCUCUCACACCACUACUUCAUGGCUGUCUCAGCCCAACAACAGCUGCUCCUCUCAGUCCACCAAAUGCAGUACCUCUCAGAUUUCCACAAGUAGGUCUUCUUCAUCCUCAACCCCAUGUCCUCCACAUGCCUACAAUUCUCAGUCCUCAACCCACAGCCUUCCACAACCUGCUUUUGUCAUGCAAGCUCCAACCAUGAGUUGCCCACAAAGUGCCAAUCUUCGUCAUCUUGGGGAUCAUUCUGUCUGCACCUCUCAAACCUCUCAUGUUUUUCCCUCAAAAAUCUCUGCUCUUUGUUCAUCCCAGUAUACAGCUUGGCAUUCUGAGUCUACAAGGAGACUGAGACACACCCAAGACUCUUUAGAUUUGAUGGCUCAGUCCACAGGGGUAGAUAAUGAGAGUAAUGGCUUCCACAGCUCAAAAUCCUUUAUGUUUAAGAAAUACAAAAUUAUGAAGCUGUCUUCAACUGGAGGGGAGAUCCAUGGUGAAACUAGCAGCGCUGAAGCACAUUUCUUUUCUAGGUCUUGUUGUCUGCCAUCUGAAACUGUGCAGUCCCUGCCUCCAAGUGCUCCUGAGGCCUCUCCUACUCUUGGAGAAGCCAAUGUUUCCCUUGCUAGUGGUGGCGAACUUUCACAGAAUGGGUCUGGGAGGCACUUCACUGAGCUACAUCGCUCAGUGCGCAUGGCUAUCUUCAACAAUGUUUCUGGAUCUUCGCCUGAUAUCCUACAAGAAUGGUUGGCAAAAGCCAAAGAGGAAGAGAGGCCUAAAUCUCCAGUUAAAACUAAAAGUAACUCAAGGUUGACUGAAAACACAUUAGACUUUAAUGGCCGUGAUGUAUGGCUGACCUUUGAUGGAGUACGCCUGCUUCUCCACAAGCUUCUGUCUCAGUUGGAGACAUUUAUGUUCACUCGCAGAUGCCCAUUUCCACAUGUUAUCCGAGCAGGUGCUAUUUUCAUUCCCAUAUACCUUGUAAAGGAGCUUUUAUUUCCAGAGUUGCUGGGGACUUCUGUAGACCGGGUUUUGCAAGGUCACAAGGUUGCGCUGCGGCCAACAACACUGUCAGAGGAAAAACUCCUUAGAGAGACUAAGCUCAAGGACUGCCCUUCCCGCAUGUUGAAACUCCUUGCAUUAAAACAACUGCCUGAUGUUUAUCCAGACUUGCUACACAUGUAUUGGAGCCAUUGUGUCCAAAAACAGACUGGUGAUAGUUCAUGGAUCUGUCUCAGAAAAGAAGACUGUCAGGAAAAAGAAACCAUGCCAUCACUAGCAAAGAAUGGAGAGUCCGGUGAGGCAGCAGCAUCUAAAAGGAAGAGCUCCCUCAUACUUAAGCUGCAGAGAGUACAUAAACACGGAGGAAGCCACUUACAGAUGCCAGAACAUUCCAAGGAGAAUGAUACAGAUGCCUUAAUUAAGAAAAGGCAAAUGGCAAGGAAAAAAUACAUUGCUAGGAAGCGUGAAAAGUUUUCUUACAAGAAGAGGAGGAAAGUACGACGCAAAGGUAGCAUUCACCAGACAUUUCCAGACCUAGUGGGAAAGAGAAUCCUUCAUCUUUUUGAUGAUGGUGAACAAGAAUCUUGGUUUCGAGGUCGUGUUCUGGGAAUUCAUCAACGCCAUAAAAACCCCCAAAAUACACAAUAUGAGGUGUGGUAUGAUGAUGAACCUGGCACCCGAUAUUUUUUAGAAUUAAUGCAGGACUAUGAGAAAGGAUGGCUCCGACUGGAGUGCUAAUGCACUUUUCUAGAAUAGACAUACCUGCUGUUUGUAAGAAAAUCCUCCAGUUCCUACUUUUAUGCAGAACACUGAUAAUGUGUUUGUAUGACUUAUUACAAAUAUGGGGUCUGCAACUUUUAUUCAGAAAUGUGAUAUUAAAGAAUGACAAAAUCUAUGUUCAGUCUUGAACCUUUUGGUUGCAUCUCCACAUUGUCAUUGCUUAACAGAACAUUGAUUAAAUAUCUUCACAAUUAUGUGCUUCAGUUUUAUGAGGGAGCUUGGAAUGUAGUUAGAAACCAACCCCUUUCCAACAUAGAGACCACAUGUAGCACGGAUAUAUAAGAAAUAACCCUUUUUUUUAUAUAUAUAUAAUAAUUAUCCAAUAGGAAGAUGUUUGGAAACCUUGAAUUGUCACCUCUUUGUUCCAGUUUAUCCAUGGAUAGCUAAUACAUUUAUACCACAUAAAGCAGAUAUUCCUCCACAAUGUUGCACUACUAAGUGAGUUAUUAUGGUGAAAUUUAUUGGGCAGGAAAGUACUGUGAAUAUAAGUCUGUUUACAAGAAUGGUUCUCUGAUUUUAUACUACUAAAGUUUUUUUGUUUUGUUUUUUUAAACGUUUUAUCAUAAUAUUUUACAUUUAUUUGUGGUUUAUGUACAAGAUUCACUGGAAAAGGUUCUAUUUCAAUAAAAAUGAAUCUUGUGUUUCUUUCCAA